AUGGACCCAGCCAGCAUUGUAACUUUCCUUCUUGUCAUCUGCCUGACUUGGCUCCUCAUUUCGGCAGCAGUGAGGAGCAUAUCGAGCCAUGGGAAGCUGCCCCCCGGACCCAUGCCGCUACCUGUGAUUGGAAAUUUCCUGCAGAUCAAGUCAUCAGAAACUUUGAAAUCCCUCCUCAGGGUAAGUUUACUGCCUCUGGGAACCAGGGGCAGAAGGUGCAGUCAAUUUUGGCACUCUGCUUCUCAGUUUUCCAACCUUAAAUUCAGUUCUCAGUAUUUCUGGAGAAAUUUGAGAACUAUUUUUUUUUUUAAUGGAAUGGAAAUUUACCAGCAUUUUAGUGCAAAUGUCUCCUUAUAAACACAUUCCCCCUUGCAUGCCCUUUUGACUAAUGUGCACAUUUUUUCAAGUGAUUUCCCUGAAUAGUUUCAUUUGCAUGCACCCUUUCCUGUGGUGUCUUCAUUUGUCAUUGUUUGGCUAGAGAUCUGCAUUGCAAAACCUGGAUCCGUGUGCUUCAGUUUGUGCAUGGUUUUGGAAAGUGAAAGGUUGGUAGAUUAGCCUUCCAGUGAAAACGGAACCAGAUUUCUCCCCUGGCCCUUCUAGGAACAGAGCACCCAGGAGUCAAAGGAAAAUUCAAAUAAUUGAGAUGCACGGAGGCAUCAGUUUGCCUCCAUCUCUCUCCUCUUCCAUCUCCACCCUUUCUCUUGCACAGGAAUAUGCUCAAAAUACAGUGCUUCCCCCACUAAGCAUCUCUGUGUCUUCUUUGUGGCUUACUGGAUAUUCCUGUCUCUCUGCCUCUUACCCAAACACCUUCCUCCAUCUCUCGCCUUGUAUCCCUGCCUGCCUGCCUCUAGUUGGGAAGAUUAGACGACCGUUGCCCUGUCUGUCCAAAAGCUUUUAUAAAGAGAGAAACCUUUGAUGAAACCUGCCUCCCCUUCUUGUCAUACACAAGGGAAGUAGAUGGCAAAUUUCUCCCACCCGUUUCCAAAGAGGUCUGUGGACAGCCUACAAUGACCCAUUAAUGUUUUAAGAUGAUGUAAAAUGACACUGUAAACUCAAUGCUAUGUUUAUUAUUGUUUUGCAGAGACUGCAUUAAAUUUUAUUUUUUUAAAAAAGGAGAGUUGACACACUUGGUAAUCUUUUGCUUUGGAUCCAUAUGUUCACCCAUUUGCCUGAUGCCAGCUUGGUUAAAUAACACAAAAAAACCCUGCUAGGACUCACCCACUCUUACCUUUGUGCUGCCCUUUCUUGGCACAGGUCUGUUUUUGAAAGCUCCCUGUUUGAACACUUUCCCUAUUUUGCCCUGGUGCUUUCCCCAUGAAAACCCACUCUUUACUAUGGAAUCGAGCAAACUGCAAUCCUCAAAAAACCCAAAUUGCUGUUUGUUCCUGUUCAGCUUUAAAGAGCAGGUUUUCCUGGGGAAAGUGGAGGUGCCAAAAGAGCGUUACUGCGAGUAGAAGUAACAGUAGUAAAUCCACUUGCCUACCUUUGCAAGGUUGUUGUGAGGACCAAAUGUUGAGGUGCACUUUCAGCACUCAGCAAGCUAAGCAUGAUUCUUGCUAACUUCCGAAAGCAUUUUUUCUUUUUUUUUAAACAACUCAACAGCAUUCCUACAUCUUUCACAACCCUCCCCUUCUUUUUAAACUUUCCAACCUGUUUUGCAUUCUGGUAGGCAGCAUUUAACUAUACAGCAUUUAACUAUAAGGUCCGAAUAGUUAAAGCUAUGGUUUUCCCAGUAGUGAUGUACGGAAGUGAGAGCUGGACCGUAAAGAAGGCUGAUCGCCGAAGAAUUGAUGCUUUUGAAUUCUGGUGCUGGAGGUGACUCUUGAGAGUCCCAUGGACUGCAAGAAGAUCAAACCUCUAUUCUGAAGGAAAUUAGCCCUGAGUGCUCACUGGAAGGACAGAUCCUGAAGCUGAGGUUCCAAUACUUGGCCACCUCAUGAGAAGAGAAGACUCCCUGGAAAAGACCCUGAUGUUGGGAAAGAUGGAGGGCACAAGGAGAAGGGGACGGGAGAGGACGAGAUGGAUGGACAGUGUUCUCGAAGCUACUAAAAUGAGUUUGACCAAACUGCGGGAGGCAGUGGAAGACAGGAGGGCCUGGCGUGCUCUGGUCCAGGGGGUCACGAAGAGUCGGACAAGACUAAAUGACUAAAAAACAACAGGCAGCAUUUUGGAGACUCUAAAUUUGGAUAGAAUCCUAGAAUUGUAAAGUUGGAAGGGGGACCACCAGGGUCAUCCAGUCCAACCCUGGCAAUACAGGGAUCUUUAGCCCAACAUGGGACUUGAAACCAUGUGUGACGAAAAAGUUGGUUUUGCUGGACCGGUUGGAUCAACAAGUGUUUCUUUCUUUCCCUGCCAGCAAAUGGUUAAUGAAUGGCAGCCUCCGAUUGGCCAUGGUUCCAGGAGGGAACAUUUAAAAGGAGAGGAUUUGAAGAGAGACAGGAGAGUUGAGAGGGUUGGUUGAGGUGGGUUGGAAUUGAGGUCGGGAGAUAGAGUAGGAGACGGGUUGAUCUUGGCUUUAACCAUUUGCCUUUGAGAAAGAACUGCGCAUUACAGUGGAAAUUGUUAAGCAACACUGCCCCCCCCAAUGCUCAGCUAUGUUUCCCCUGGUGAUGAAAUACUGGUGUGUCAACAUAGUGAGGCUUUUUGUUCAGGUGUUGCUGGCAUCAUAUUUCAUAAAUGUCUCCAUUUAUUUAAAUAUUUGUACUCUUACUUUUUUGUUCAACAGCAGGAUCCUCACGGCAGCUAUAACUCACCUCGUUGGAGGUCUUGUGGUUUAUUUUCCCCUGCAAAGAGAAAUGGAUCAGGCAGUGGGGAGGAUUUUGUCCCCCCCCCCCCCAGUGAUAUUUAUCGAAUUUUUCACUUUUAUCAUAUUCACAUUUUGUUACAUAAUUCUAUAGCUUAUUACUCGAUAAGAGCAUCGACCUCCUUCCCUCCCUUUUUCUGACUUCCACACAUCUUUCUAUAUUCUUCACAUUUCUAUAAUCGCUUAUUUACCUUCUAUCUUAUUGCAGUAUUUCACAUUGUUAUCGGUAACUCAGUUCCUUAUAUUUACAUUACAAAACAUUUCAAUUCAAGCCUGCAAACGUUUUCAAAUGUUUACAAUUUUCUUUCAUGUAAAAUAUAAAUUUGUUCCAGUCCUUUUGAAACAGUUUGUCACGCUGUGGGGAGGAUUUUGAGCAGCAAAAUGGUCCACAAAAAAAAAAAAAAGGAUUAAGUGUCUGGGAAUGCCAGUCUAACCCUAACCCUAACCCUGCCAAACCCCAGUUCAAAUAAUCCAGUCAGUGGCUUGGGUGGAGGUACGGCCGGCCGAGCGGACCGCGAGUGAGCAGGCUUCACUCCAGUCCGCUUGAGGUGAAUAUUGUUAGGAUUUUUAUCCAUCCGUGCUGCUCCAGUAGUAGCACUAUGUUUCGUAUAUCACAUGAGUGUCUGAGAGAGCGUGAGACAGGAAGUCUCAGUACUGUUGGAGUACUGUUGGAAGUUAGUUUCACUUCUGUUUGUGAUGCUGUUUCUGUGUUGUUUAGUCAUGUCCGACUCUUCGUGACCCCCUGGACCAGAGCACGCCAGGCACUCCUGUCUUCCCCUGCCUCCCGCAGUUUGGUCAAUCUCAUGCUGGUAGCUUCCAGAACACUGUCCCACCAUCUCGUCCUCUGUCGUCCCCUUCUCCUUGUGCCCUCCAUCUUUCCCAACAUCAGGGUCUUUUCCAGGGAGUCUUCUCUUCUGUUUCUGUACUGGUGCUCAAAGAGCACAGACAUGCUGAUGGAUUCUGUGUAUAUAGGUAAAGGUAAAGGUACCCCUGCCCGUACGGGCCAGUCGUGUCCGACUCUAGGGCUGUGCGCCCAUCUCACUUAAGAGGCCGGGGGCCAGCGCUGUCUGGAGACACUUCCGGGUCACGUGGCCAGCAUGACGAAGCUGCUCUGGUGAGCCAGCACCAGCGCAGCACACAGAAACGCUGUUUACCUUCCCGCUAGUAAGCGGUCCCUAUUUAUCUACUUGCACUUGGGGGUGCUUUCGAACUGCUAGGUGGGCAGGAGCUGGGACCGAAAGACGGGAGCUCACCCCGCCGCGGGGAUUCGAACCGCCGACCAUGCGAUCAGCAAGUCCUAGGCACUGAGGUUUUACCCACAGCGCCACCCGCAUCCCCAUCGUAGUUUUAGAACUACGAUUGACUCUUCUUCUAUGACAUGCCAGAAGACAAGUGUGUUCCUCUCAGGAGGGAGGGGUCGCUUAUCCCCGGUCUCUCUCGACUGAGGGAGAUUUACGGCCAGGGAGGACCACCGGAGAGAUACUCCUGAGUCUUGGAAAGUUGGUGGCCUUCCCUUCUGGUGGUCUCUUGGGAGUCGGGGGGGGGGUCUCCGCCUGGGCAUGCAAUUGUGAGUUGGAAUAUCCUUUCUUUCAGUCUGAAUCAGUCCAAGCCCUCCAAGAGCAGCAGAAAACAAGCUUGUUGCGUCUUCCAUGUGAUAGCUGUUUAGUUGUGUCUGAAGAAAGCUAUCAUAUCAUCUCCUGGUCCUCUUUUCUCCAGGCUAAAUAUGCCCCUCAACCAUUCCUCAUAAAUAAGGCUUGUCUUCCAGACUCUUGAUCAUCUUAGUUGCCCUCCUCUGUCAAUAUCCUUCUUAAACUGUGGUGCUCAAACCUGGACAUAGGACUCCAGGUGGGCUCUGAACAAGGUGGAAUAAAGCAGUACUAUGACUUCCCUUGAUCUGGACACUAGACUUCUGUGGAUGAAGCCUAGAAUUGCAUUUUCAGCCUAGAAUCACGUUUUAGAGCCUUCUGGGUCAGAGCCAUUUCAAAAGACAACAUUAAAGCCAUUUCUGUCCACACACCACAAGAGGGUUUGGUCAGAAAUGGCAUUUAACUCUGCAGAACUGUCCCACGAGCAUCUUGACACUUGCAGAGCCAGUCUGUGUGGGACAUACCAGUCUCAAAAUUUUAUCAAAACAGGAAUGGAAACUUGCUUUCAUGCAUUUUGUCCCCUUGCUUGAUAAAGUGCAUUUUGGUGGCAGGUAGAGGCCCUCUGAGCAUGUGCCGAAAGCCUCCUGCCUGGCAUAUCUCUCCUUCCCACAAAAUAAGAGUCUGAGGGAGUUCAGUGAACAUAUUUUAACACAGAGAUGAAUGUUCAAACCGCCCUGUUGGAUCAGACAAAGGCCCAGCCUGUUUCUAACAUUUAUGCUGUCGGCUUUUGUAAGAGUGCCAAUGAAUUGUAAGAAAAAGAAGCAGUGGAUUAAAGACUGUUCUGUUUUUUAAAUUUUAACAAGUAGCCUUUGGCCUUUCUCCUGUGCAGCUGCGCGACAAAUACGGCCCAGUGUUCACCGUCUACUUUGGAAAUCGCCCGAUUGUGGUCCUCUGUGGACAUGAAGCUGUGAAGGAGGCCCUGAUAGACAAGGCAGAAGAAUUUAGCGGAAGGAAAACCAACCCCACGCUGCAAAGGACCUUUGAUGGUUAUGGUGAGGAGGAGGAAGCCAGGGUGGUCUGACUGGCAACACAGGAGUCUUGUGUCUCCUGUUUCCUGGCUGCUAUUCAAUCCUUCUCCCCUUUCUCCUCCCCAUACCUGCAGGGGUGGUGUUUUCUGAGGGAGAGCGCUGGAAGCAGCUGCGACGCUUCUCCCUCACAAUCUUGAGGAAUUUUGGCAUGGGGAAAAAACAAUUGAGGAUCGGAUCAAGGAGGAAGCUCAGUUCCUGCUGGAGGAAUUUCAUAAGACCAACCGUGAGUAGGCCAAGUGAAGGGCAGGGAAGAGGAGGUCAGCAGCCCCACCAGGCUGGGCAGAAGCACGAGCUCUAAAGCCCAGACAGGCUGGGGAAGGGAAGCCUUUUUGUCCCAAAGGCAAUGAGAAUUUCUGGGCUCAAGAAGGAUAACGGGCAGGGAGGGAAGAGCACAUACAUAGCCAGAGAAGUUCUUCAUUCUAGUAGCUUGGUCAGCAAUAGGUAUCUUAAGUUCUGGGUGGGUACUGCAGAUGAUCUUUUGAGAAUCGUUUGGGAGAGGACUUUGCAGGUGUUCCACAGUUCCUCACACUUCCCAAGAUAUCUUGGCCCCUUCAGCACAAUGCGUCUUCCUUCCCUGGCAUUGCAGAGAAGCCUUUCGACCCCACCUUCACCCUCAGCCGUGCCGUCUCCAACGUUAUCUGCUCCAUCGUCUUUGGCGACCGCUUUGACUACGAAGACAAGGAUUUCCAGGCCCUGA